ACUCUUAUGUUUGGAUAUUGAUGACUAUUCUGUCUUAUUAAUAUAAGAUAAUAUACGCUUUAUAAUUAUUGCGGCCACAUGAAAAAUGCUCCUCGAAAGAUGCAAAAGGUAGCCUGUAGUUCAUAGGUACUUACUUUGUCUUUCACAUAGAGGAUUUAAAUCAGAAAAAAACAUAAUUCCAACUUGAUGUCGCAUACUAUUCAUGUAUACUAAGUACACGUUUCUGCGAUUUACUUGAUCUCAUGGAAGAAUCGAGGCCGAAACGUAUUCGAACGAAAAAGGCAUGUCUUGUUUGCCAUAAAAAGAAGAGAAAAUGCAGUGGUACUUUUCCUUGUUUUUAUUGCGAAAGGUAUUGCUACGAGUGUCAAUAUGCUCAGGAUCUAGUGAAAAUUAAUACUCCCCAUCUAAAAGACAAUUGGCCCGAAAUAGAAAGUAAUCAUAAACAAUUGUUAGAGUCAAACAGUUAUAAACAAGAUGAUUACUCCCCGGCUCGUUCUGAUAACUCGAGUGAAGUAUGGAGUUCUCAUAACAAUGAAUUCGUCGACCAUGCAGUUCAAGAAAAGAAAAAACGAAGAAUGACUAAGAAAACAAAUGCCCUUUGUUUUCCUGCUAUUGUCAGUGAAAGGCUUGAAGCAUCUCCAAUUACUCGUUAUAAGCCAUUAGCUUGGAAUAUGGGUACUCGUGUCCGUCAAGAGCCGAAUGAAAACUCAAAAAUUCACACUUUCUUAUCUAAAGAUCAAUGCUUAUACUAUGUUUCUGUUUAUUUUGAAGACGUGAAUCCGAUUUUUGAAUUGUUGGAUCAGACUGCUUUCGAGGAACAGGUUCAUAAACAGUGGGCUGAAGAUAUGGCCGCUGAUUUUGGGGUUUUACUUUGCAGUGUAGUUGUCCUUGGAUCUUUCUUUUCACAUAAUAAUUCUCUGCAUAAUGAACUUCAGUUAUUGCAAUAUGCCGAAGGUUUGCUGAACAAGAGUGCCUUUUCUAUCAACAGUAUUCCAUCAAUCGGCCAAAUUGUUAGUUGGAUUUUACGAAGUGUCUAUUUACGAGCGGCUGCUCAUCCACAUAAUGUUUGGCUCGCAUCAUGUGUUUCUAUGCAAUGCAUUGAGAUUUUCUGCUUAUACCAUGAUUCCAAUGAAGAAGAAUCGAAUUUAUCUGAGUAUGAACAACAAAAGCACUCGUAUUUUUCUUCAAAGAUUAAAAUUUUUUCUAUUGCGUGGGCUUUCAACAGAAUUUUAGCAUCCGAAUAUGGGACAACACCUAUUAAAUUGUCCGAAUUAAAUAUCAAAGGAGUGCAUUUUUCAGAACAGUCUAAAUCUCAUCAACUCACUCGAUUAGCAAGCGUUUUACCAGAAAGUGACGAAUUGACGAAAGAACCUCAAAUGGCAUAUUUUGCGGCAAUCCAGAGAAUAUCACAACUUUCCAAACUUCAGCCAAUUCAAUUAACUCUUAUGAGAGCAACUGUUUGUUUUCACUUAUAUCGAAGCCUUUAUUUAACAAACUCUCACCCCGAUGAAACGAUUGUUGGUAUAAUAGUCAAAAUGACUGAUGAAGCACUAGACAAGUGUUUUACUUUGUGCGAAAAGAAACAAGCAUGGUGGAGUGUUUUAGAUAUCCCGUUUCAUGGUAUUUGUGUCAUGUUAUCAAUUGACACCAAGGAAAGUUUGCAGUUAAUCCCAAAGGCAUUCAAAGUGUUGAAUACUGCUGUGGAGAUAUUUAAUACUGCAGCUUCUAGAGAUGCCUUUCAGGUAGUCUCUGCAUUAUGUGAUGCAUUAAGAGACAGGAAAAUAAACGAAGCGAAAUUGUUAAAUUACAAAGAACCCUUAAAAAACCAAAACAAAACUGAAUUUGACAAUUUUAAUUUUGAGGGAUCUUCUGAAUUGGUUCUGGGAGAUCCUUUUUUUGAUUUAUUUAAUUUAGGUGAUACGGAUAUUUAUUCAUAAUACAUGCAUUAUUAUGCUGGCUAGAACGUUUAUUGUUCUAUAUACCCCCAAAAGUUUUGUCGAUUUGAAUACAAUCAUAUUGUUCAAUGAUUAUUGCAUUAUUUUAAGCAUCAAAACUAUUGUGAAAAGCAGCUUCGAUACAUCUUGUUAGCCUCAAUCAUUUCAUUGUAGAUUUCGCACAAAACAACUGAUUUCCUCUAUUGUCAUGCAGAUUUUAUUGCUAUUAGAAUAUUUACUAACUCAUGAAGAC